AGUACGGUGGUAUACGUGAACAGCUUCCUAUCCUUUUUCCAUACUUGUGUUAACAUAAUUCUAACAUGAUCCAUUAAACGUGGUUUGGAUGAAAAUUUAAGACCAACCAAAAUUAAAUAAGACAGCUACAGCUAGUCAAACUUCCAAGUUCGAAGUCAAAUCUUCACUCUUCAGCCUCGCUCAGCUAACAAAACAAAAGCGGAUCUCAUCGCCGCCGUGCCGUAAAAUGGCCACCGCCACUGCAGCUACCUCGCAGCUGCCGGCGCCGCCACCGCAGCAGCAAUUUCUCAACUUAGAAUCCCUGGCUCGGAUAGACACUACAACUCUCUCACAGUCGGAGCUCCAUGCCCUGUCUCUCUCCUCCCUCUCCGCCUUCGAUCUCCACUCCACUCGUCGCCACCUCGUUACUCCCAAAAUCGAUCCGUCUCUCUUCAAUCCUCGCCGCCCCGAGUCCUCUCCCACCGGCCGCCGACGCCGUGUUGCCGGCCUCCUCCCCGCCGCUAAGCUACCUUCUCUCCCUUCCGAUGACCUUGGAAAUGCCGAGAACCGUGUAAUAAUCGAUUAUCUGAAACAGUUUAUCAGGGAAGAUCCCAAAUUCGACCAAGUCGUGUUCGCUCCGCCUUCAUCCGCUUCCGCGCUGGUCGCCUACCACGGAGGUGGUGCU